AUGUCGAAUCCACCAACAAGAACAAUACGAUUAACAGUUAUUGCCGCAGAUGGCUUAUAUAAGAGAGACGUCUUUCGGUUACCUGAUCCAUUUGCAGUAGUAACGGUGGACGGUGAACAAACCCAAACAACUUCUGUAAUCAAAAAGACAUUAAAUCCAUAUUGGAAUGAAAGUUUUGAUGUACAAGUAACGAAUCAAAGUGUGAUUGCUGUACAGAUAUUCGAUCAAAAAAAAUUCAAAAAGAAAGAUCAAGGCUUCCUUGGUGUAAUCAAUGUUCAGAUGAUGGAUGUGUUUGAUGUGAAUCUUGGUGGAGAUGAGAUGUUAACACUCGAUCUCAAAAAAUCAAAUACAAAUGAAGUCGUUCAUGGUAAAUUAAUCGUCAAUUUUACAACAAAUGUCAAUACUCCAGCCUCGAAUCAAGGUAUCACUGCAAACGGGGUUAAUUCCCAGACAGGACCUUCUCAUACUCGUAGUGCAUCAAUUACUUCAACUUCGACAAAUAAUAGAGCUUUUCUCACCCCAGAAGGAGGUUCCUCAAGACCAACAAACGUGUCAGCACCAUCUGUAGCAACUCCUGCAGGUGGAACGCCGAUGCCUGGAAGCAAUGCAAGUGGAACAAAUAGCGCAAAUGGAGCAUCAACAAAUCGAACUUUUGGUUCUUUUGAAGAUCACUAUGGACCUCUGCCUGCUGGGUGGGAAAGACGUGUGGAUCAUUUAGGUCGCACUUAUUAUGUCGAUCAUAAUACACGCACAACUACAUGGAGCAGACCAUCAAUGACUACUACUUCCGCACAGCGGCUUCAAGAACAACAAAAUAUAACAGAAAUGGAGCGUCAAAGACAUAAUAACAGAACUCUUCCAGAAGAAAGACCAUCCGGAACAAUUUCACCAUUACCAAAUAAUCCAUCCUCCACUUCUGUCAAUACAACUGAUGCACCACCAAGUAUUACCGCUGCUGCAAAUGGAGUAGCGCCAAUGCUCACGAGUGCAACUACUGCAGGAUAUGGACCUUUGCCAUCUGGGUGGGAGCAAAGGCAUACUCCAGAAGGCAGACCAUAUUUUGUUGAUCAUAAUACACGUACAACAACAUGGGUGGAUCCUCGAAGACAACAAUACAUUAGAAUGUAUGGAAAUAGUCCUAAUAAUGUGACUAUACAACAACAGCCAGUAUCUCAACUUGGGCCAUUGCCUUCUGGUUGGGAAAUGCGACUGACAAGUACAGCCAGAGUCUAUUUUGUUGACCAUAAUACAAAGACCACCACAUGGGAUGAUCCACGGUUGCCAAGUAGUUUAGACCAAAAUGUACCCCAAUAUAAACGAGAUUUCCGUCGAAAACUCAUAUAUUUCCGAUCUCAACCUGCUCUUCGACCUGUUCCAGGUCAAUGUCACGUUAAAGUUAGACGAAGUCAUAUAUUCGAAGAUGCCUUUGCUGAGAUAAUGCGACAACAACCAACAGAUCUGAAAAAACGACUUAUGAUAAAAUUCGAUGGAGAGGAUGGUUUGGAUUAUGGUGGUCUAUCAAGAGAAUUCUUCUUUCUUCUUUCACAUGAGAUGUUCAAUCCAUUCUAUUGUCUAUUUGAAUAUUCUGCCCAUGAUAAUUACACCCUUCAAAUUAGUCCGCAUUCAGGCAUCAACCCUGAACAUUUGAAUUAUUUCAAAUUUAUUGGUCGAGUGGUUGGACUUGCUAUCUUUCAUCGUCGAUUCUUGGACGCAUUCUUUAUUAUAUCUUUCUAUAAGAUGAUUCUAAAGAAAAAAGUGGGGUUACCUGACAUGGAGAGCGUGGAUGCAGACUUCUUUAGAAGUUUAACCUGGGCUUUGGAAAACGAUAUCACAGAUGUAUUGGAUUUAACGUUUUCGACAGAGGAUGAUCGCUUUGGCGAAGUGGUCACGGUUGAUUUAAAACCGGAUGGACAAGAGAUUCCGGUGACUGAAGAAAAUAAAAGAGAAUAUAUAGAUCAUAUUACCGAAUGGCGUAUUUCAAAACGAGUCGAAGAACAGUUUAAAGCAUUUAUGACAGGAUUCAACGAACUUAUACCACAAGAUUUAAUUGCUGUUUUUGACGAACGUGAAUUAGAGUUACUUAUUGGUGGUAUUGCUGAAAUUGAUGUUGAUGACUGGAAGAAACAUACUGAUUAUCGAGGCUAUUCAGAGUCUGAUGAUGUUAUACAAUGGUUUUGGAAGUGUGUACGGUCAUGGGACUCUGAAAAGAAAUCACGUCUAUUACAAUUCACGACAGGUACUUCUCGUAUUCCUGUUAAUGGAUUUAAAGAUUUACAAGGAAGUGACGGACCUCGACGAUUCACAAUUGAAAAAGCUGGGGAUUCUAUCCAGCUACCUAAAAGUCAUACAUGUUUCAAUCGAAUUGAUUUACCUGCAUACAAGAAUUACGAGGCAUUGGUGUCUAAAUUAACGUUAGCGGUGGAAGAAACUGUUGGAUUUGGACAGGAAUAA